AUGCAGAAUUUACAGAAGGCUGUAAGCGUGCUUGUCAAGCCGACUUGCCCCUCUAAUUUUCCAUUCUCGUCAGAAAAAACGACUGUACUUCUGCUAGGUUGGGCAGCAGCACGAGAUGAACACCUUUCGAAAUAUUCCAAGAUUUAUGAAAAAGAAGGGUUUACAACAUUGCGGUUUACUAGUCCAUUCACAGGUCAUCGACGGGAUCUUAAAUACUCGAGAGAUGUUUCCGGUGUCGUCGACAAUUUGCGGUCAGUCCUGGGACAAAAUGACACACGUCUAGCCUUACAUUUGUUCAGUAUGAAUGGCGUCUAUACGCUUUGCGCUUUGAUGCUGCAAUAUCCAGAACUGAAUGUGCUUGAAAGAAGCGACGGGAUUGUUUUCGACAGCUGCCCUGUAGUUUUCGACUCAUCCAGUCCGAAGAGUUUCACCCACCUGGCAGACGCCAUAUCAAGGACAGCUCUCAAAAAAGCGUCAAUUGCCACUCGCAUCCAGUUUUUAAUGUGGAGGGUCUACUUUGCAAUCGGGGUUCGCAUGUUUGUUGCGGAACAGUUCGCACGCUCUCUGAUGGGUAUGGAUCUGUCCAACUUCACUCCUUAUCACUUCAUUCGCGACCAUCCCUCAAUGCCUCAGAAUCUAUCAUUUAUUUAUUCCGAUAGGGACUCAAUUUGUCCACCGAGGACAAUCAGCGAUUUCCAUGACCAUAUGGCUAAAACCGGAAGGAACGUGGAUGUUCUACGGUUGACUGACUCAGAUCAUGUGGAACAUUUCAAGAAGUACCCAUUCGAGUAUGUGACCGUCGUUCAGCGAUUUCUGGCCUCAUUGGAGCAGCUUCAUAGGUCAAGUAAUGCUGACGAACCUAGUGGAAUACUGCCACAGAAGCAACGUGCUCAAUUGUAA